AUGUUAUAAUUGGUACCUCAUUAUCAUGUUGAAAUGAUGAAAAAUAACCUAAAAACGAACCAAUACUAAUUAUAUGAUGCAAUAGAGGGGUAACAAUACGAAAUUGCUCUAAGCAUUUUGAAUGAUCUACAUUCAAGAUCUACUUGGAUUAGUGGAAUUUACCUAAUAAUGAAUGGAUAUGAGUUGGAUUAAAAUGUCAUAAAUAAGUUCUUGAAGGUAGUGGAAGAACAAGAUGAAAUUGAGAUGACAGAAUAUGAGCAAUUAGCAUUGACUUAGAUUUGUCAAUAAAUAAUGAAUAUUGAAAUGAUCAUACUUUUACACAAAUAUAACUUGGAUGGCUGGAUUCAAUUAUCUCCCAAGAUUCAUCUGUUUUUGAGGAAAUCUAUCCAUCCAUAAGUACCUCAGAUAUUCAUUGAAUACUACAUUAAAUAAAAUAUAGAAUUAUUAGAACAACACGAGUAAUCUUUUAAUGAAGACUUUGUAUGGACAUUACAUGAUUUCAGAACAUUCUAUAAAUUGAUGCCCCCAAAUAUUGCCCAUCCAUAUUAUAAGCUUAUUCAAAUUUCUAUCUACGUGAGAAUGCUUGACUUGGAAAGUGUGCCCUGCCCAAUCUCUCAAUAAAGCAUCCCUAUUCAAUACUCAUCGAAAUUAGAAGAGAUCCUCAAGAAAUUGGCAAUUAGCCCACAUAAGGAUUGCUUGGAAUUGUACAUAUUUUGCUUGAUUGAAAUUGGGUUGUUAAGAAUUGUAAUUAGAAAUAUGAAAAAUAAUUUAACCUAGGAAUAAUUAACCUAAAUAAGAAAAUAGUUUAUGUAAGCAGCACUAAACUCUAAUUACAUCGUGGAUAUAGAAGUGUUUUAAUUUUUAGAUAAACUUUAAUCAUUUGAUUAAGAAACCAAAGUAGAAGUGUAUAAAAAAAACCCAUAAUUUUAUGAAAAUAUCGACUCUUUGGAUAUAUUCGAUGAUGAAUCAGUUUUGAAUGGACUCCUGCAUAAUUUCAAUACUAUAGAGAAUCAAUAAAAAGUCAUUUAAUAGUUAGUCUAAUUCAACUCAAUUAAUACACUCAAAGCUAUCUGGCUAUUAUAUAUAGAUGGAGCAACUCCUCGUUUAACAAACGAUCCCAUUCAAGAAUUCAAAUUGAAGAAUUUCAAAUGUCUCAAUGUAUUUUAACAAAUUCAAUAUCAACAUAAUUACGAGCAUUUGAUCGAAGCCCUUAAAGUAACAGCCAUUUGUAUUUGGACUGAUAGAGAAAUCAAGUAGGAGGAAUUAGAGGAUAAAUAUUUGCUGUCCUAUCUUAAAAGUUGCAUAACAAACGAGAAUUGCUCAUCAUUAUUGAAACUGUUGUUUAGUAUAUCUAAUGGAGUUUUUGAAGAAAAUCAUGAUAUUCAAUAAAUAUAAAUCCAAGUCCCUUAUUUCUUAGAACUAUUGACUAUUUUGCUAUUUGAAUAAAAGGUAGAUGUGAAUUAGAAAUAAUUUUACUUGUAAUAAUUAUUAUAGUUAACUUAAAAUCUUGAAAAUGUGUUGAUCAUCAUGAAAAGCUAAUUAGUCGAAAGACUCAUAUUCUUCCUUAGAAUUGAAAGUGUGCAUUAAGAGUUAAUCAUCCAAACAUUAAUCAAUUGUAUUAAAGUGAGAUUUUCAUUGUAAUAUCUAUAAGCAAUUGCAUAGUUUAUGUCACCCUACUCAUCCUUGAUUAUGAUACCACAUGUUGACGAUAAAUAAAAGCUAAUUUAAUAUAGAAAGAUUGCUUCUAUCUUAGGUGUUCCUCCACAAUCGAUAGAAUGUGGAUCAACUUAGUAACAAAAUUAUAUUUAAGAACAAAUCGCUAACAAAGAUCUUUUCUUAAAAAAUUCAACUCUCUUACUUUAUUGUUUAAACAAAGUGAUCUCUAUUUAAAAUGAUUAGUAUUAUUAUUUUACUGGACAUGAAAGUGGCAUUAUUGUAAAGGGAAAAAUGUAAUUUGAAACCUAAAAUAACGUUUUCUCCAUUAUCAUCCAAUUUAAAGGUUAACUAAAAUAAUCAACACUCUUGAAUUGGGGAAAUUAAGAAAUUAGCUUUUCAGUUGCCAUUGAAGAUCCUUAAUUACUCAGUAUCAGGUACAAAUUCUAAAACACUUUGAAAACUGCAAAAUACUCCUUAAAAUAUUAAGAGAACUUCAUUGUGAUUAAUUUCAAUCAAAAUAAAGCUUUUUAAGUGAAUAUCAAUGGGAAUGAUGUUUUGGCAAGACAAGCAGAUUAAUUUGAUAAUUUUUAAAUACCUGUCCUAAAUUUCUUUGCAGUUGGUGCAAAAUAGAAUGAUUUCGAUACUCUCAGUGAUUCUUUUAGAGGAGAAAUGAGACUGCUUUACAUUUUAGAUUAAAAUAUCAAUGCUGAGGAUAUGUACAUCUUGGAGAAGAAAUCAUAGAAUAAUUCAGUUUUAUUUUCAUAAUUACUUAAAAUGUAAAUCAAAGGUAGAGUUUUGCUAUACUUAAAUACUCAAUCAGAAAAAUAAGAUUUAUAAUUCGAUGGACUCUUGCACUAAAAUAAUUAAGUCUUCAUUGAAAAUUGUUAGUAUUUGAUGUUAAGAGGAAGAAGGUAGAAACAAACCACAAUAUCUAAGUUGAUGGGUAAGCUGUUUUAAUAGAGGAAAAGCUUAAAUUCAUUGGAUGUUUCCAAUCAGAAUUCUAAAAAUGUAUUAUUCUUAGAAAACACCACUUUGCUUGAUGUUAUGAAAUCUUAUGGUAAUUUGGAUAUCCUUUUCUUUCCAUUGCACAUUUUGAAUGACCCUCAAUGUGUAGUUAGUGUUUUGUAAUUGCUUAACACAAUCAUUUAAAAGUUUGGUGAUGAUAAUUUUAUUUAAAACUAUUUGAGAUCUGAUUCUUAAUAUAAAGGUAUUAAGGUCUUAGGAUAUUUAUUAACCGUUCAUAUGAAAACAUAAGGAUGUUCAAUUUAGUUAUUGCAGUAGAUACUCAAUUUCUAUAAUUCUUUAUUGCAAUGUUAAAUAAUCCAAGUGUUAAAGUAAGAUUGCAUGUGUAUCUAUCAUGAAUUUGAAUUUUGGUAAUAUUGCUAAUAUGAUAUUCUGUUAUAUCUCUAUUCUUAUCUAUUUGAAUAGUUACAAAACAAUGAGGAAUUAUUCACUUAUUUCAAGGAUUAAGUGCAGAUCUUGUAUUAUAUUUUACAAGUCCAACUGAUAUCUUAUGAGGAGAGUAAAGGAGAUCAGUAAGCCUAUAAUUAAACUCGAAAGAUGUUGAUUAAAUGUAUAUUGUACCUAAUGUACAAUCCAUUCUUUUAAAUGCAGUUUAGUAACGAUCAAAUCCUACCAAUACAGAUGAUAAUCAGAGACAAAAAGAAUGCCUCUAGUGAAAAAUUAUAAAUAUUAAAAAAUGAGAUUGUUCUGAUAUUAAAUCAUUUGACUCUAAAAACAAUCAAUGACUUAGUAGUGAUGUUAGGUUUCAUAGUUAGGAAACCUUAGAAUACAUUAAUUUUAGAGUUAUUAACAGAUAUACGAUAAGGUAAUUAAACUACUCAAAAGGAAUCAUUAUUGGAUGUUAUGCAAAGUCAAUUUGCUUUAAAGAUGGAGAAUGAGGAUACGAUUUUAUAGGUCAUUUUUAAAAUAAUUUAUGGUGUGAUCAUUGAAAUGAUCAAUCAAAACACUCUAGAUGAUCAAUUAUUGGGUCCGUUAAUGGAUAUUUUAGUGAAAGUCCAAGUCCAUUAAAUCAAUUAUGAAUAUAAAUUAUUGGAACUUCAACAAGCCAAAAACUCUUAGUAAUAAUAAAAGACCAAAGAAUACAGUGCUAUAAAGUCAUUAUUCAAUAAAAUAAAUUACAUUCUAUUUGAAUUAGGCACUAAUUUGAUUUGUCGGUAAUAAACAUUUUAAGUAUUAAUUAAUUUAUCAAGUUUGGUCUUAAGAUAAGAGUUGAAUUUAGAAAAAGAAGUAUUAAACUUAUUGUUAUUGCACUUUUCAUUUUACAAUCUUGAAACCAAAUAAUUGAUAAUUGAAUUUUUCCUCUAGUCUUAAGAAUACAAAGUCUUUAUGAAUUAAUUAUGUAACCAUAAAGAACUCAUGAAUUUCAUUAGAGAGUUGAUUAAUAUAGAGACUGGCUAAACUCUCAUUAACUACAUUGUGUUACAUCACAUAGACAACAUAGAUUUUUCUGCUAAAAAAAUACUAAAACUAUUUAAUAUGAUACAAUAGCAAAACAAUUAAUUUAUGAAAGUCAUAUUAACAAUUCUGUUGCUCUAAAAUAACACAAAAAAUAAAUAGAAUGCGAAAUCAGAAAUAGCCUUGCUAGAUUUAUUCAUGUUACUGCCAACAGCAUUAACAUAAAAUCAAGACAUGAUUGUGAGUGAUCCAGAAUUGUUUGUUAAGGUAUUUUAUGAAUAUGUCACUUAUUUGGAUAAAUAAGAUAUGUUGUAUUCAUUUUACCUUGAUACUGAAUUUAUAGGAUAUUAUGAGUAUGAUCCAAUACCCUUUUUUAAUUUUCAACAAAAUGAAGCAUCUAAAAAAUACAUUUAUCCGAAUGGGGGUGUGAUGGGAGUUGUACUCUUCAUUUUGUUUUAUUCUUUAGAACUUUUGAUUUCUAGCAAGGAAGCUAAACAAUUAUUGGCUAUUUGGAAGAAGUUGCUGAUAGAAAAAUCAAAAUCUGAAUUUCAACACAGUUCAUAAACCUUGAUAAAUAACGAUUAGAUUCCUAACUUUCAAAUGAAAAUAAAGAAAAUUAAGAUAAAAUCAUAAAAGUCAUCCCUUGUCUAAAAAUUUAAACAAUCUGUAUUAGGUGAAUAUCAACUAACUCAAUAUGACAAAUAUUUUUAGGAUUUACAUCUAUAUCACGUAUUAAAAUUCUAAUUUCUGUCUUAACAAUAUUCAUACUCUGAAGAACUCUUUGAUAUUUUUACAUCUAUUAAGUUUAAACCUGACAACUUUUUAAAUUUCCAAGCACUUUGGUCUAUCAUUGAAUCAAAUAACUUGCCAAAUAUUAUUGAUCAAUUAUCCACCAGGAUCAAUUUAGUAUAACUAUCGAUUUACACAUAACCUGAAGAGGUAAACAAUAGAGCCUGUUAGAUAAUUACUUAAUUCAAUUAAUAAAGCCAAUAAAUAUAAUCUGCUAUUCAAUAAAAUGGCAAAUUGAAUAAUGAUGCUAAGAAAUUCUUGGAUCUUAUUAGUAAGGUGAAUUCCCCUUUGAAGUAUUUGGAACUAUUUAAAGAGUAAGAAGCGAUAAUUUAAAAGGCUUGUGCUUAUCUUAAAUUGUAUUCAUUUAGACAGGUUUAGUUUGCUUAAGAAAUAAGCAUAUUAUUAAACAUCUAUUCAUUACAGAAUUAAAAUGUUGAUCAGAUGGAUAGUUCCUCAAUUAAUAUGAAUAAUUAAUAAUCCACACUACAAUUAAACUAGAGUCAAUAGUAAUUAUCUGAUUUUCCAAAGAUAUCAACUAAUUUGUUCAAUUAAUACAGAUAGGAAUUCCUGUAAAUUAUCUAAAAGUUCGAAAACGAAUUAAUAAUUAAAUAACUAAUAAUUUAAUUCAAAGUUAAAUUACAUUAUAAAUAAAACACUCACAGAAGAGGAUUGUGGUACUUUAUGAAUUAUGGAGAUGCCCAUUUGUAUCAUCAACUGAAUCAUGACAACUUAGAAUCAUUUUUAGAAUUAUUGGGAAAAGAAAGAUAUUCAAUAAAUAGCUAUGAAGAUAGUAUGAGGAGGAAGAUGUUCUUGAAGGUGUUUGCUAAAUAGAAAAAAACAUAUGAACAUAUACAACUGACUAAAACAGCAUAAAGUAUAUUUAGUGAUCUCUAUGGUGCAUAAUAAAUCAUUCAACAGAAGGAUAAGAUGGUAAACAAUGAAAAUCAAAGAUUUACUGCAGAAUUAAUUACAUAGAGAGGUUUCUACAGAGGAAAAAUAAGAAUAACAAAUGAAUACUUUAUGUUCGAGAAUUUUGGUUCAGACAUUAUAUUUCAAGAUGUUCAGUAUAAGUUUUAAAAGGACAGUCUAAUAAAGACAGAAAAGCAGAAAUUGAUUCCGUUGUCUUAGAUUAAGGAGGUCUUUCCUAGAAGCUAUUUGGCUUAACCAGUGGCCAUUGAAUUAUUCACCAACAAUAACAAAACUUAUUUGUUUAAUCUUUUUGGAUAAAGACAAGCAGUGAUGAAAGUACUAUCGUAGUCUUGCAAUGUAAUAAUGAAUCCAACUGAAUAAUUUAAAAAGAGUGGGAUAAUAGAGAAAUGGAGAAGGGGAGAUAUUACGAACUUCUAAUACUUGAUUGAAGUGAAUAAGUAUGGAGGAAGAACCUAUAAUGAUCUGAAUUAGUACCCGAUAUUCCCAUGGGUUAUAGCCAAUUAUGUAGAUUUUGAUAUUUAAAACAAAGAUCACUUCAGAAAAUUGGAUAUUCCUAUUGGAGCAAUCAAUCAAAAGAGAUUGGAGAACUUCUUAGAAAGAUUCAAGCAGGCAAAUCCUGAGGAUAUGAACAUGUACUUUAUUUAUGGAACCCAUUAUUCUCAUAGUGCAAUAGUGAUGAGUUUUCUAAUGAGAAUGGAACCAUUUGCCUCACUUCAUUAAGAGUUACAAUCUGGAAGAUUUGAUAAGGCAGACAGAUUGUUCCAUUCCUUAGAAUCACAGUGGCAUUCUGUCACAAAUUCAAGCAGCGAUGUCAAAGAAUUGAUACCUGAGUUCUUCUACUUUAGUGAGUUUUUAAAGAAUAAAAAUAAAUUUGAUUUAGGAUAACUUCAAUCUGGGACUGUAGUUAGUGAUGUAACAUUACCUGAAUAUAUAAAUACAAAUAGUCCAGAGGAGAUGAUAUUUUUGAAUAGAUUGGUGUUGGAGAGUGAUUAUGUGAGUUUCAAUUUGCACAAUUGGAUUGAUUUGAUAUUUGGAUACAAAAGUGGAAUGAAUGCUUAAAAAUACAAUAAUUUAUAUCAUCGAUUGACUUAUAGCAAUUAUGUGUAAUAACUACUAGAGAAGACGGAUGAUGAAGUCUUGAAAGAGUAAUACAUAACUUAAGUGUAUUAUUAUGGAUAAACACCUCAAUAGUUGUUUAAGAAGGAACAUCCAAUAAAACAAUAUUCGAAAUUGAAUGAUCAAAAUCCAUUAUUGUAACUUAAAUAAAUUACUUUGAUGAUUAACAAAUAGAAUAUUGAAAUUGAUCAACUAUUCUGUAAUGAUAAAUAUUUGGUUUUGAUAACAAAUGAAUAAGAAAUUCAUGUUUUCAAUGUAGAACACAGGAUAACAAGUCAUAAAAUACCAAAGGACUUUGGUAAUCAAGAAGUUAAACAAUUAAAAUUCAAUUAAGAUAACAUUUUCUUGUUAUUUGAUGAUUCUCUUGUAGUUGGUGGAUACACUGAUAAUUCUGUAAAAGUCUAUUCUCUUAAAGAUCUCAAAUUAACAUGUUCUGUUUUGUUCCAUACCAAAGUUGUCACUUGUUUAGGCAAAAGCUCUACAUAAUUGUUAUGUGGCAGUAGAGACACAAGAAUAUCAGUUUGGGAAUGGACAUUGUCACAUCAACCAGAAUUCAUUUUGUAUGGACAUCAAAACGAAGUGUCAAUCAUUUAAGUUAAUUAGAUUUUGCAAAUUAUUCUAAGUUAUGAUCUCAAAGGAGACAUACUCAUACACACAAUUAAGGGAGCAUUCUUAAAACUAAUAGAAACAUCCAUUAAUGAUUGUCUUUAAAUCAAAAUUCAUCCUUCGGGAUUUAUUUUGAUUUCUUAAUCCAAAAAGUUAAUUAUCUACACUUUGCAAGGGGAACUAUUCCUCUCCAGAGAAUUAUUAGAUCAUAUCAUAUCUAUUAAUGUUCUUAAUGAAUAUUCACCUGAAAUCUUAAUCCUCACAUAUGAUGGCACUAUUUUUAUUACAUCGAUUAUCUAAUUGAAAAAAACAGAUGAUUUUAAUUAGUAUUGUCUUAAGAAAUACAAAUUGGAGGAUAUGGAAAUCAAAAUGGAAACCAAUUAAUUGAGAAAAGUCAAAGAAUUAAUUAAUACCAAAAGUUUAGAAUUCUUGACCUCCCAAAUUUCAUGUGGCUAAUUUAUACAAUUGAAUACUCAUAGAGUUCUUAUUAUUGGUUAUCAAAAUGGACAAAUAAUAUCAUUAUACGAAUAACCAAGAACAACUAGUUUAUUAUGA